AUGCCCCGCAAGCAUCAGCCCCGUCACCGCACAGCUGGAUCGUCAGCGUCCGUGCGUGCGCCACGCGGUGUCUGCAAUGGUGAGAAGCGUCUGGAGUGUCCAGUGUGCGACAAGCAGUCCGCCUUCAGAAGUCAACUAGAAACGCACCUUCGGACCCACACCGGGGAGAAGCCUUUCGAGUGCGCAGUUUGCCAGAAGAAGUUUAAUGAAAGUGGAGAUCUCAGAAAGCACGUUCGCAUCCACACUGGGGAGAAGCCUUUCGUGUGCACAGUUUGCAAGAAGAAGUUCACUGAAAGUGGAAGUCUCAGAACGCAUCUUCGGACCCACACCGGGGAGAAGCCUUUCGAGUGCACAGUUUGCAAAAGUAAGUUCACUGAAAGUGGAAGUCUGAGAAGGCACCUUCGCUCCCAUACUGGGGAGAAGCCUUUCGAGUGCAUAGUUUGCAACAAGAAGUUCACUCUAAGUGGACAUCUCAGAGUACACCUUCGGGCCCACACCGGGGAGAAGCCUUUCGAGUGCGCAGUUUGCAGGCAGAAGUUCAAUAGAAGUGGACAUCUCAGAAGGCACCUUCGGACCCACACUGGGGAGAAGCCCUUCGAGUGCACAGUUUGCCAGAAGAAGUUCAAUGAAAGUGGAAAUCUCAGAGCACACCUUCGCACCCACACCGGGGAGAAGCCUUUCGAGUGCACAGUUUGCAAGAAGAAGUUUGUGCAAAGUGGACACCUUCGAAGGCACCUUCUGACACACAGUGGCGAGACGCAUCGUGAGUGAAUAGCUUUCGACGACCUUGUUUUUUACGGCAUUGUACACGCCAUAUCAUUUAUACCAUUUUAUUUCUGUUUUGAAAGAAGAUUGGAACCGCGCUAUAGCCAUUGUGAUCUGAAUUCCUGCGGCCCCUCUAUGUUCUUUGUACGGGUGUAACUAGGGCAAGUUGUCUAAUUCUCACUGUUUACAUUUGAGUCCAAGCCUUUUUGGUCCCAUUGCGGACGCCUAAUCGUUCCGUGGAAUUUCACUGAUUAAAGGUAUUGACAAUUCCCUACAAACAUGUUAGUCAAAAUUUGCGUGUGACUUUUUGGAAAAAUGCCUUAACUCUUAGAUUUUAGGUUGAUAUUGAUGUCGAUUGUGCUACCCCAGAGAAGCGUCUCGAAAAUGCAA